UGAUGGGGCGACGCAUGCGCACACGGGUUUGUGCGUCAGUUAGCGCGAGCGUUCCUUCAUCACAACAGAGACGCUCCGCCGUUAAGUCGUUCUUUUACCGGGAGAAAAACGUCUGAUUUUCGCCGCUGCCAGUUCCUCAGAGGAUUUGUUCUUCGGGGGGCUUGAUGUUUGACGUCUUUCCAACAUGGACUUAAUGAUAAUUUCUGUGUCUUUAUUAUUCCUUCUCUUGCCGGGCCGGAAUCUCGCACAGCACCGGGGAUAGAGGCCUCCGCGCGCCUGCUCGAUUAACGGAGAGCCCGCGCGGAGCCACAACAGACACGGGCGGGAAUUCUACGGCUGUUUUGGAGGUCAGACGCUAUUCAUCAUUCUGACAGGAGUCGGGGUGUAGUGGCUGAGGGAAACGGAACCAGUUGGGGCUGGUGUUGAUGUGGGGAAAAAUGGAGACCCCGACGAUCGUGUACGAUCUGGAUACCUCCGGCGGGCUGAUGGAGCAAAUCCAGACUCUGCUGGCGCCGCCCAAGUCUGAAGAUGGAGAGAAGAGGACCAGGAAACCAGACAGGAGCACCAGGAGAGCGGGCAGAGCCACCAAUCACGAUACCUGCGACAGCUGCCGGGAAGGAGGGGACCUGCUGUGUUGUGAUCACUGCCCCGCUGCCUUCCAUCUACAGUGCUGUAACCCGCCAUUGAGCAGAGAAAUGCUGCCCCCUGGUGACUGGAUGUGCCAUCGCUGCACCAUUCGCAAGAAGAAAAGGGAGCAGAAGAAGGAGCAAAUUAACGGUUUGUUGGAGCGGCAGCUGGGGAAGCAGACGCCUUCUCCGGGUCCUGAGCAGGAAUGUGGGACAUUAUGUCUGGAUCCUUCCGUGGGGUCGGGCGGCACAGGGCUUCGGGCCGCUGUCGCUCAGGUACGACUUUUGGAGAGACGACCCAGCAGCCGACCUGCAACGCCCAACUCCAACACUUCUUCCACAGACACGCCCACACCGUCCGAGCAGAACGACAUGGAGGAAGACCUCCUGGAUGUGGAGGAUGAGGCCCAGGGUUCUGAGCCUGAACUCUCAAAUAUCACAACCACCCUCAAAAGACCAUUUGACCUCCUAAUCGCCGCUGCCAUGCAAAGGAACCCUAUGCAGUUCCAGCUUCCAAAUGACCUCACUUGCACAACCGCACUUCCAGGCACCAGCAAAAGGAGACGAAAAGACGAGUUAUCAGCCAAGAACAUUAAACGUCCACAACAUGAACUGGACCAUUUUGGACUGGUUCCACUGCCAGUGAAGGUGUGCUACACAUGCAGCAGGAGCUGUCGAUUGGCUCCACUGAUCCAGUGUGACUAUUGCCCUCUUUUGUUUCAUAUGGACUGUUUGGACCCACCUCUCACUGCCUUCCCUACAGGCAGGUGGAUGUGUCCCAACCACAUCCAGAACCUGGUACUGAACGAGAGAAGCUUGACCUUCAACAACCGUUGCCAGUUAUUUGACCAGUUUCAGGAUCGCAUAUCCCAGCAUGCCGUCAAACUUGACUUCCUGCAGCGGAUACAUCGGCAGCACCCCCCUACACAGCGAUCGGCUCAUGCCAACAGCAGAAAGACUCUGAAGGUUCCAGAUGCCAUAAAGUCACAGUAUCAGAACCCGCCUACUCUGAUGGCCACGGCAGGAAUCCGUGAAGGGGAGCUGAUCUGCACCGGCCUUCCAGAAUCUUUUGCCCCACAGCACUUAACCAGUGAAGACGAACAGUGUCAGUGGCUCAAAGACGUCAUCUCGCUGCAGUGCAGCAUUAUGAGGCAUUUAUGGAACAGACAAACAUCUCCUUGGGAUUCAGAGCACACAGAAAAGACUGAUCUGAAACUCAGAGACUCUUGCCAGAGUGCCACCUCAACGGGCAGCCAGAACAUUGCUCCAAAAGUUUCCUGUAGCUCAUGUACUGAUGGACUGUGUCAGAACUGUAAGACCACAAAUGGCCCAGUAGACCGAUUGGUUCAGUCCAAUGGAAUGCAGGGUCCUGAUAGAACCCAUGAAAUGCCCCGUUUACACACGCCCACUCCACCCAACCAUGGCAACACAGAAACGGAAAUCAAGACUGAGAGAGCCAGCUUAAAGUCCUGUAGUGGCACUGAGGACCCUCCUCCUGUGUGCGUCAAACCUGAACCCAGCACUCCAUCAUGUGACCAUGAGAAAACUACAUCAGCUUCAGACACAGCAGCAGCAAAACUCUCAGGCACUUUUGUAUGUUCAGGAGCACGUGCUGUUAAACCACAGAAAAGCAUCUCAGACACCGGGUCAAAAGGUCAGAAAUCUACAUCCCCUUCCAGUGAUGGGAAUGCUGUUUUGGAUGCUGUGAUGGCAGGCAGUGGUGACGUCUUCUCUUGCACAGAACCUAACAUGCUGGAGCUGUCCGGACGAAUAAAAGACAUCAUGCAGGACAACGGAGAAGUUGAGCUUGGCUCAUUGGAUGAGAAAUUUAUCAAGCUUUUAGCAUGGCAGAGGAUUCAGCAGCUCUUUGAAUCGAAAACCUCUCCUGUUGAGAGCAGUUCUCCUUUAUCUGUGUCACCCACUCAUAGGAAACACAGUGAAGCCCAAAACAGGGAAGUGCAGGCAAGAGCUUCAUUGUGUUCGGUCUCGGGAAAGGGAAUGGCUGUAAAUAUGUGCUACAGGAGUCUGCACAUCGGGACAGGUGCUGAUAUGGACGUGUGCCUUACAAACUACGGUCAUUGUAACUACGUUUCAGGGAAACAUGCCUGUAUAUUUUAUGAUGAGAAUACAAAGCAGUAUGAACUGCUGAACUACAGCGAACACGGGACAACCGUCGACAACGUAUUAUAUUCCUGUGACUUCUCGGAGAAGAUGAACCAGAGCCCGUCCAGCAACCUGCUAGCCAAAGUGCAGAACAUCAUCCGACGCUGCAGGAAAAAGAAGCAGGAGGAGUCUGCAAUGGGCGUGGCUUCAACAACAGAGGGUGGAGUUAUGAGCUGCCAGUCCCACGAUUCUCCCAUCACUCCGUGUAACUGUAAAAACAGCGGCUCCAGUUUGAUUGGAGGCAGUGGUGCAGGAUGGGAAGGCACUGCGCUCCUCCAUCACGGAAGCCACGUCAAACUGGGCUGCUUGCAGUUUAUAUUCAGUAUCACAGAGUUUGCCAACAAGCCGCUUAAAGAGGAGCUCACCAUCUGCAACCUCACUCCCACACCUGGCCAACAGGGGGAGCAGCUGAGCAAGGCCACACCUCCUCCGCUCCAACACAAUCUUGUACUUAACCCGUAAAGCAUCAACUUUGUACAGUUUAAACGGUUUCCUAAUUAUUUAAUUGUUUAUACACUUGCAUGAGGUGACUUUUUUCUAGUUUCUUUCAAACUCUUUUGGCAGGUUGCACAUUUUUUCUUGUCUCAAUGCAAAACUUGCAUUUUUAAAGGGAAACUUUGAUCAUCCUCUAUGCUCAGAACCAAUGAGCAGUUUUCACAUGUAAAAAAAACAAAAAAUCAAAACAUGUUCUAUUUUGUGCCAGCAACAAUAGUUUUUAUAUAAACAUGCAUUUUCUUUUUUUCCCAUAAAAACGGAUGCUUUUAUUUAUGCAUGUCCUCUGGAGCACAGUCAGACCUGGUGUUUCUUUAGCGUGCGAAGAGACUCAUGUACAUAUAUGUAAGUAUCCAUGUGAAUAGCCAGAGAUCCACAGGAUUCCGUGCGCAAAAGUGCUCCAGUUUGUAUUAUUUCUGUUGUGCACUAUUUGGUUGCUGUUCAGUCCUUUUAUGUGUCUGUUUCAUGUGGUUCUGUAAUUAGUUUUCACCAGGUUCUUGUGUCAAACUAUGUAAAUACAAACCAGAUUUUAAAUAACAUGCUUUAGAAUAGUCAUGCUUAUUGAUUCAUUCACGGCCUGCUCUUCAGUAAAAUUAGUAGUUUUCUAAAUUUAGCAUUACAAUUGCUUAUUUUUAGACUAAGGGGUUUUAAAAAAAAUCUCCAAUGCAAAUAUUCAGAUGCCUGCCUUACUUGUGCAUGACACAAACAAUAUAGUUGGUUUAAGAAAAGGGGUGCUAUUUAAAAAAAAAAAAAAGACUUACAUUUUCGUCUAGUGUAAGCUUGAAACAUUUACAAUGAAGGACUGACUUAAACAAGGGGUUUAAAUCUUUUAGACACCACCGACACCUAAAGGGACCAUCCUAAAAUUUUAAAGGGAGCUGUAUAUAUUUCAUUUAUAAAGACCCAAUUUAUACU